GAGUCACACACUUUGGGGGAAUAGUGGAACAUUCGACAAAGAAGUUUGGCUUGAGGCCAUUGUGCUGUAACUGGUCAGAGGAUUUCCCUGUUUUUUUGGCUAUGACGUAGUCGAAACCCGACUGGCAACUUCUGCCUAAUCGGGCUGAUCCAGUCAUUCAAUGCGAAUAUUUGCCAAAAUUUUGGCCAUGAGAUUUGCCAUUGAUAACAAUACAAAUGCAAAUGCUCAGAGCUACUUUCUUUUAAUGCAUUUGGAAUGGGUCGCAGCAGAAAUUAAGCUUAAGGAAAAAUUUUAAUUGGCGUAUGCUAAUAAGUUUGAUAAAUAAAUAUUUUUAAGACACGUGGCAACUCCCGUGGAGAAUUUAUUACGUUACUAUGAAAUGCACAGAUAAUGAAACAAAUUAUCAAAUUGGUAGUAACCCAUUCACAACUAAUGUGCAUAGAAUUUGUAAGAGUUCAAGCAACUUUUGUUAGAUCUUUUCCGCAUUUCCAACUAAUACUGGGUUUUCCUAGCUCCAUGGUCUAUAUUGCGAUCCAUCAUUUAUCAUUUCGAAAACCCAGCGCUGCAAUUAGUCUGCCACUUGUUGCUACCGUUUGGGGCUAAUCACGCGCCACUUAGGUGUCGAAUUCAGAUCCGAUCCGAUUCCACUCCGUUUCCAUUCCGACUCCGCAGACGCCAAGUCUACGUGGGCACCGUGCCCCUCCGCACUAUAAAAGAUAUCGGAGCAUUUGUGGGCCGUUUCAGUUGCUCGCAGUUCGCAGUGGCAACAGCAUCAUAUUGAGGCCAACAUAUCUCCCGCACAUUCGCGCCGGAUGAAUUAUGUAAAAUCGAAAACGCCGCGAAUCUCAAUACAAAGACACACGCGUCCGCGGGAAUCCAAUAAAGUUAUUAGUAAUAUUAGAACAAUCACAUCUGCGAUCUGCAACAAUGCAGCCGAAUGCCUUUCACAAGCUUUUGUUACUACUGCCGCUCGCCUAUCAGCAUACAUCAAAUGAUGAUCAUAAAGACGAAUCGCACUGGAACUACGAGACGAACGGACAGAACUGGGGAGGAAUUUGCUCAUCGGGCGAAAGGCAGUCACCCAUUUCAUUAAACGUCCAAAAGUCGCUCAUCGUCCCACUGCCGCGGAUCGUCUUCGGCAACUAUGACGUAAAGCUGAGGGGACCGCUCACCCUGCACAACAAUGGACAUACAGCUCACGUGGAGAUACCAGAAACUGCUAACGGCAACAAACCCUUCAUAACCGGGGGUCUGCUCAAGGGCAGAUUCGUGGCCGAGGCAUUCCACUUCCACUGGGGAUCCCCGAGCUCCCGCGGAUCCGAGCACUCCAUCAACCAGCAGCGAUUCGACGUGGAGAUGCACAUUGUCCACCGAAAUGCGAAGUAUGGAGAUAUCGAUGAGGCGAAAAACAAGAAAGAUGGCAUUGCUGUUAUUGGAGUCAUGCUGAAAAUAGUGAAGAAUCCCAAUCGCAUAUUUCCGGGAUUGAGCAAAGUGAUGAGUGCGUUGCCGCGAGUGACGAAGUACAACGCGAAGACGACCAUUCCGGGCGGACUGAGUCUGGGCCAGAUGCUUGGAAACGUGAAUCCGCGGGACUUCUUCACCUACCGCGGAUCCCUGACCACGCCCCUUUGCGAGCAGUCUGUCACCUGGACGGUGUUCUCCCAGGUCCUGCCCGUGCCCUAUUCGUCGGUGUCGAAGUUCUGGAAACUGCGCGACUCCGAGGGACACAGGCUGAUCAACAAUUUCCGGGACAUCCAGCCACGAAAUGGGCGCCCAGUGUUCUACAGGAUCGGAAAGGAUCUGAGUGGGGCCUACCUGGGAAAGUGAUGCUACUGUAGCUAGACUUAAGAUCCGUAUUUAUUAUAGUUUCUAAGACAAAUAAAUUAUUUCAUCUGUUGUAAGCUA